AUGGGUCGCCGUCCUGCUCGCUGCUACCGCUACUGUAAGAACAAGCCUUACCCCAAGUCUCGUUUCUGCCGUGGUGUCCCCGACCCCAAGAUUCGCAUUUUCGAUCUUGGCCGCAAGAAGGCUCACGUCGAUGACUUCCCCCUGUGCGUGCACCUGACCUCCGACGAGUACCAGCAGAUCUCGAGCGAGGCUCUUGAGGCUGCCCGCAUUAACGCCAACAAGUACAUGGCCAAGGUCUCCGGCAAGGACUCCUUCCACUUGCGCAUUCGCGUUCACCCCUUCCACGUUCUGCGUAUCAACAAGAUGCUGUCGUGCGCCGGUGCCGAUCGUCUCCAGACCGGUAUGCGUGGUGCCUACGGUAAGCCCUACAGCACUGCCGCCCGUGUCAACAUUGGCCAGGUUCUGCUGUCGGUCCGCACCAAGGACAACAACAAGGCUGUCGUUAUCGAGGCUCUGCGUCGCUGCAAGUACAAGUUCCCCGGUCGCCAGAAGAUCAUUAUCUCCAAGAAGUGGGGCUUCACCAAGCUCACUCGCGAGGAGUACGUCGAGGCCCGCAGCAACGGCAUGGUCAAGCCCGACGGAUGCUACGUCAAGUACCUCAACACCCGCGGUCCCCUCGCGGCUCACCUGAAGGAGAUCGCUGCCUAA